GCGGUGUCGUGAUGUCUCUUUUGAUGUCUUUUGGAAUUAGUCCUUGCUUCGGAUCCUGUUAUGUUUGUUCCUGUUUGAAGAUUCCUUGUGAUCAGGAUUAUCUUGUAACCCUUCGCCUCGCCUGCAACAUAUGAAGCGCCUUUCAUCCUGAUCUCUUCAGCGAUCCAGAGUUAUCUGCCAGAACGAUCAUCCACAGGAACCAGUCACAACAGAUUUUACGAUCGGACCCAUAUUUACGUCGUAAUGCCCCAUGUAGAAGUAAUAGAUGGUCAUCACAAUGCUGCUAGUCCUGUCUUAUCUGUUUUUCAGAUCACUGAGGUUGCAUACUGAAUGAGACGCUGAGCUCUAACCUGAUGUCAAAGCCUCCUGGGUGCUGCAUCUGCCUGGAUGAGUUCAUCAGUCCAGCUUCCCUACCCUGUGGGCAUUGCUUUUGCCUGGAGUGCAUAGGAGAAUACUGGAGGAUCAGUGAGAGCUGCCAGUGCCCCCUCUGCAUGGUGGUCUUCCCCAAAAGGCCGCUGCUAAAGACCAUACAAACACCACAAACUGACAAUGAAAUCGAACCUCUAAAAGCAGGAGAGGUCCCAUGUGACGUCUGUCUAGCAAAGCGGCCCGCAGUCCGGUCCUGCCUGGUGUGCCUGGCCUCCUACUGCACAACUCACCUGGAGCCACAUUAUCAGAGGGAGGAUCUUGGAUACCAUCUGCUGGUCAGUGUGGCAAAGAACCUGGAGGACUCUUUGUGCAGGCUGCAUGGGAGGAAGUUGGAAAGGUUCUGCAGGAGUGACAGAACAUGCAUUUGCACCAUGUGCGCCAAAACGGAGCACAGGGGCCACCACAUUGUUUCUAUUAACAUGGAAGCUGCUAAGAACAAGAUUAAACUAAAGCGCCGACGGAUAAAAAUUCAACAAGAAAUUCAGGAUAAGCUGUGUGUGGCUGAGGAAAUGAAGCUAACUGCAGACCUCCAUGGAGAACUUCCUGCAGACCUUUGGGCGCAAACUAGGAAGCCCAUCAAACAGCUGGAAGAAGAGAUCAGUGAACUGCAGGAGAGAAACGCAGAGCUGGAGCAGUUCUCAAAGACUGAAGACAACCUGCACUUUCUGCAGCGAUUCCUACACUCCUGUUCAUGAUUGCAACUACAAGAUGAUGAUGGUGAUUUGUGCUCAACGACCUCUGAACGGAUUUUUUUUUUUUUAACUGCCAUAUUAUUUCAUUAGGUGAAAAUUAGGUGAAAACAGAGCAAAUGUGUUUUUUCUUUGUUAUAAAAAAUAUGGACCCUUACAAAAACAAAGUUGUAAAUAUGAAUGCAAGAAAAGACAGAUUGUCUUUUCUUGCAUUAAUAUUUACAACUUUCAAUGUCUUACAAGAAGUUAGCAGAAGAAACCAGUAAUCCUAUAGUGCAGAAUAAUCUUUAAUUCUGGAGAUGAGAUGCGUGAAAUUGCCAGAACAUGCAUGGAACAUGUGUGUCAAUGCAUGUCAAAAGUAUUUCUUAAAAUUAAGGAUCUUUUUCUGUUUAUAACUCUAUAACAUUUUGAAAUGAUUCUUAAAUAAUCCAUGAAUUGUUAUUCCUUUUAUAAGGGAUUAUAUACUUUGAAUGCAUUCUCUGAGUUUAAGAAUAUAACACACUGGAAACCUCGAGCACAAACUGCCUCCAGCUAGAAAUAUAUCUUUCCCAGUUUUGUUUUGAAACUUUCUCCAUGAAAAUUUAAAGGGUUUGGGAAAAAAACAAGUUUUUAUAUUUACCUUAUUUUUGUGAUAUUCUGAAAAUAAAUAUAUUUUAUGAUA